CAAUUUUUCUUAUAUGGUUAGUGUUUUCUGUGUCUUAGCUAAGUGUUGCUUUUUUUUGUUUGUUUGGUUUAACCUCGAGGUCUGGAGAUAUUUCUUCAUGUAUCUUUAUGAAAUAUUCCAGUUUCCAGCUUUUCUAUUUAAGUCUAUGGUCUACUGUGAGUUGAUAUUCGCAUACAGAAUGAGGUAAGGGUCAACGUUCAUUUUUUUUUUUUCCCCUAUAGAGAUGCCCAAUUGUUUCAGCAACACUUGUGGAAGACUUUUCUUUCUCUAUUGAACUGACAUGAUGCUCUGGUCAAAAAUCAUUAGGCUGUAUAUGUGUGGGUCUAUUAUUCUACUUUCUAUUAUUUUUCAUUUAUAUGCUCAUGCAAAUAUCACACUGCCAAGAUUAGUAUUUCCUUAUUGUAAGUCUUCAAGUCAGGGUAAGUUCUCUAACUUUGUUCUUUAUGGCCAACAUUGUUCUGAUUGUUCCAGAUCAUUUGCGUUUUCAUGUAUAUUUUAAAACCAGUUUCUCAAUUCCUUUGAAAAUUCCUCCCGGGAUUUGGAUUGCAUGAAAUAUACAGACUCUAUAACCUAAAGAGUCUUAAAUAAAAUGUAUAGACUCUAUGAACUCCACAGUUUGUGCAGAAUAAAUAUCUUAACAAUGAAUCUUCCAAUCCAUGGUAUAUCCCUCCAUUUUUAUGUCUUUCAUGUCUCUUAGCAGUAUUUUGUUGAUUUCAUGGUAGACAUUUUGUACAUAUUUUACGAGAUUUAUACUUUGAUAUUUGAUUUUUUAUGGUAUUGUAAAUGGUAUUUUUAACAAAUUUCAUUUUUCAAAUUUCCAUUACCAGCAUAUAGAAUUAUAAUUGAUUUUUGUAUAUUGAAUUUUUAUUCCACGAUCUUGCUAAACUCAUUUAUGACUUCCAGCAUAUCUUUAGUAAAUUUCGAAGGGCGAGCUACAUAAAAUUAUGCCAUCUAUCAGAAAGAGUAGUUUUAUCUUUUCCUUUACAAUCUGUGUGCCUUGUAUUUUUAUUUCUUUACUUUUCACAAAAAGACAUCGUUAUCUUGUUCUCCGCUUUAUCAGAUUAGGAAUGUUCCUUUUGGUUUUCAGUAUUCCAAGUGUUGUUAAUGAAGGAAAAGCUGUUGAAUUUUGUCAGAUGCUUGUUCUUAUUGCAUUAUUGGGAUAAUUGUAUGAUCUUUCUCUUUUAUUUUGUGAUGAACUAUUUUGACUGAAGAAAAGGGAUGAAAAUCACUAUCUCAUUAAACCCUCUCAUUGUCAGCCAUUCUUUGGUUUUGUUGGAAAGAUCCUACUACAGACCAAUCUAAAAAUUUUGAAACACGUGUUCUCUUUUUGCCUUCUUUUCUUCUAAACAGUUAAAAAAAUCUCAAUUGAACACUUCUGCUCCCUCUCUAUGACUUCCUGAAAGAGAUCCCCCCCGCCCCCCCCCCCCAAGCCUAAACAGAAGUCCUCAGCACAGAUCUGAGACUUGAGUGCCUCAGAGAAUGGUCUCCUCCUCACUUUGGAUGACCCCAGGGAGCCUUCCUGUGUUUGGGGGCCUCUUCCUUGGCCUCCUUCCCCUUAACCACAGGUGGUGCCCCUCUGCCCAGUGAAGGCUGUUUCCUCCCCAACCUGACUCUGGUGCAAAUCUCUCGGCGGCCUGUAGGGUGCGCAAGGAGCAGCCCCGAGCGUCCCGGGGCUCUACAGGUCCCGUGGCCACCGCCCACCGCCCGGGAGCUCCCGAAACUCGCCGCCCGCUGCUGGGACCACAGCAGAUCUCCGCGCAAGGGCGAGGCGUGGGAUUUUCCGGCUUCAUGCAGUAGCGCCCUCGAUCAAGCGGCUCCCGGAACUCAGAGGCGGGGCGCCUAGUGAAGUCCAUAUACCCGGUACGCUCCAAGGGGCGCCCCAGACUAGGAGCACCCCAGAGCCAAAGCAUCCGGAACCGGGCGUACCACCCGCCCCCACCUAGGAAAACCGCGAACUGGGAGGACUCCCAGCCCCAAUCCUCACUGGGAGGAAUCCCCGACGAGGAGCAUCUCUGAUUGGAGCAUCCCAGACCCGGGACACUCCGCGGGAUAGAACAGCGCCCCACCUCCCACUGAGGACACGGAACUGCGUCCCACCACAGCCUCCGCGGCUGCCAGACGCCUUUUCUUUCCUCUUACUCUCUGUUCCUUUUUUAUUUUUCUUUUUUUCCUUUCUUUCCCCAGCCUUCUCUAGUUGCCUUACAUCUUUAAUCACACUUGAGGCUCCUCUCGUUCUUUUCCUGUUUCCCAGUCCCAGCGGCUAGGGAGGCAGCGCACCGCAGUUUCUCACCUGCUUCUGGAAACCCUGCCUCCGCCGUCGCGACCAGAGUGCAGGAGGGACGGCCGCCCCCCGCCGCGGCCUCGCGGAACUCGGCUCUGAAGAGAAACCACUAGAAGCAGAAUCCUCAAAUGCAUCGUAUAGAACUACUCUUGACAUUUCUGAUGUUUAUGUUUACAAGCACCUCAGAAACCUGUACUUUACGCUUUAACAUCACCGCAGUCAGAGGGGAGCCUUUCUAUCUGAAAUAUUGCUCAUUAGCACCUGAGCCCAAGAAUGAAACAGCCGUCGUAAGAUGGUACAAGAGUAGUGGAUCCCACGGGCGCAUUGAGCUAAACUCAAGCAGUUUUCCCAGAAUUUCUCUGUAUGAUCGUGUUUUGGAGUUUUGGCCAGUGGAACUGGAGGACAGCGGAUCUUACUUUUUCCAUAUGGGAAAUAAUACACGUGAAUGGAAAUUAAAUGUCAUUGGAAAAAGUAAACACAGAUGUUUUGCUGAAAAACUACUAAUUAGUAAACCUGUGGAAGUUCAGAAAUCUUUGCGAGUCAAAUGUAUAAAUACACACUAUGAAAAACUGGCCAACAGAACAUCACUGUAUAAGAACUGUCAAGAGAUAGAGAACAAUAAAAAUGCAGUUUUACAGAAGAAUGCAGAGUUUGAAGAUCAAGGAUAUUACACUUGUGUGUAUUUCAUUCCUCAUAAUGGAAAACUAUUUCAUGUCACCAAAACCUACAAUAUAACCGUAGUUGGAGAUCGCAGCAAAAUAACUCCUGUUCUUCUUGGACCAAAGCUGAACUAUGUGAAGGUGGAAUUAGGAAAAGAUGUAAAACUCAACUGCUCUGCUUUGGCAAAUGAAAAGGAUGCUUUUUAUUGGAAUGUGUGGGAAGAAAAUGGAAAGGAACCUAAUGUACAUGAAGAGAACGUAACAAGAAUUAGGACUCCAGAUGGCAAAUUGUAUGCAUCAAGAAUAUUGAGAAUUGAGAAUAUUAAUGAAAAAAAUCUAAACUUUUCAUAUAAUUGUUCUGUGGCCAGCGAGGGAGGCACAGACAUUAUAAGCUUUGUCUUGUUGAAAAAAGAAGGUAUGGUUGACAUCCCAGGCUACGUCUUCACCAGAGGAAUGAUCAUAGCUGUUCUGAUCUCAGUGGUGGUUGUAUGCCUAGUAAUUAUGGGCGUCAUUUAUAGAGUUGACCUGGCCCUAUUUUAUAGACAUUUCAUGGGAAAAGAUGAAACAUUAACAGAUGGAAAAACAUACGAUGCUUUUGUGUCUUACCUGAAAGAAUGUGGACCCGAGAAUGGAGAGGAGCACACCUUUGCUGUGGAGAUUCUGCCCGAGGUGUUGGAGAAACACUUUGGGUAUAAAUUAUGCAUAUUUGAAAGGGAUGUGGUACCUGGAGGAGCUGUUGUUGAUGAAAUCCACUCAUUGAUAGAAAAAAGUCGAAGACUGAUUAUUGUCCUAAGUAAAAGCUACAUGUCUAAUGAAGUCAGGUAUGAACUUGAAAGCGGACUCCAUGAAGCGCUGGUAGAAAGGAAAAUUAAAGUCAUCUUAAUUGAGUUUACACCUGUGAGAGACUUCGUGUUCUUCCCCCAGUCACUACAGCUUUUGAAAUCUCACCGAGUUCUGAAGUGGAAUGCUGAUAAACCUCCAUCGUAUAACUCAAGGUUCUGGAAAAAUCUUCUUUAUCUGAUGCCUGCAAAAACGGUCAAGCCCUAUGGAGCUGAGUCUGAAGUCCUACCUGUUCUUUCAGGGUCCUGAGCUUUAGGAAAGCUGAACAUACGAGAGAACUGUUGACGCUCUGGGCCCAGAGUGGAUGGGCCUGUUUUUAACAAAGGCACUAUUAAAAAUGUUUACCUCUGAAAAUCCUUCUUACGGUUCGAAGACGACAGUCGUCAUUAGGUUGCCAGGGAUAAGACUGAACACUGAGCUGCGCUCAUGUGCUCCUGGAGGAACCUGGAAUUCCAAAGCGAUGCAUCUCCUCUUUCUCCCUCCUCCAUAACUGGCUAUAGGUGCUCGUUCUCAAUUCAUGUUCAGCAACUGUGAGGCAGAGCAUGAAGCAGAAUACCUUAGGCUCUUAUAAAAAGGGCCGUUCUCUAUGUUUUUUUUUUUUUAAUUUCUUUUCAGCGUAACAGUAUUCAUUGUUUUUUGCACCA